AUGGGGCCAGGCAAAACCCCAGCACCUAAUGGGGUUCAUACUGUGUUUUAUCAAAAGUAUUGGGAUAUUGUGGGAGAAGAGACUACCAAGAUGUGUAUGGGGAUUCUUAGUGAUGGUAAUGAUGUGAGCCUAAUCAACAAGAUUUAUAUCACCCCGAUUUCUAAAGUUAUUGAGCCUAAGCAUAUGUCUGAAUUUCGACCCACUAGUCUCUACAAUGUGAGCUAUAAGAUCGUUGUGAAGUCCUUGGCCAACAGGAUGAAAAAAGUGUGGGAUGUGAUUAUUUUUCCUUCCUACUCGGCCUUUUUCCUUGAGAGACUCAUUACUGAUAAUGCUAUUUUGGGCUUCGAAUAUGAAUUCCAUUAUGAGUUAUGUGGAGUUGUGUGCUUUGUUGUGCUUAUUAAUAGAUCUCCGCAGGAGGAGUUUGUUCCUUAUAGAGAACUUCAUCAAGGGUCUACUGGCACUGCUUAA